UCAUGAGUUAUACAGAAGCAAUGAUUUCAAGUGUUACUGGAAUUUAUCAGAGGAGAACUUCCUAUUGUAAUCUAAGACGGUCUAUAAAAUGGCAGACAAUGGAAGUUUGUCAGUCAAAGACCUUUCGCAAAAGCAUUCGUGCGGAAUCGAGAAAAGAUUUCGGCUGUCACUGAAAACUACAAGAGACUUCUAUUUAAUUACGAUGGCUGCUACAAAAAUCAUUGUUUUAUUGGUGCUUCUUGUCUUGACAACAUUGUUGGAGCAUGGGGAAUGCCGAAAACGCCAAUCAUUAUGCAGACUCAACAGAAAAACUGGAUCAUGCUACGAUGUUACUAGGAGAACACGUGGUGGAAAACUGCUAUUCGGUGGACGUUGUAAACAGAUAGGAGGGUCGUGUGAAUUUCUCGCAAAAAGAAAAAUAUCGAAAUGUGCUUGUGUUAAUGGAAUUUACGUUGCCUAGAUAAAGAAGCCAAGGGAAAACAGAAAAGACUGGCCUCGUGAUUGUUGUAAUUUUGGACAGCAGUAUUCCCUUAGAAAAAGUUGCAAAGUGCCUGGAGGACAACCUCAUUAUGCCACGUUUGUAUAAUAAAAUUCAUGUUAUAUAUUUUUGUAUAAAAUAUUUAUCAGAACAAAAUUCUGUAAUGUGUAAUUUUAGAACUCGUAGGGUUUAUGGAUAGAAAAAGUUGUGUAAACAACAACAUUUCUAAAGCAAAGAGGAAAUUCUGGAAAAUGAUGAAACAAAGACACACGACAAUCGACCUUUGUCAAUUCCAAUUUCCAUAUAAUAUAUCUGUAGCGUUAUUUUACACGUUAAAAACUAUGUAACAAAAGUCACUGGUCACAUUUGUAAUGUAACUUACCGGCAUUAUUUUAUAGUAUACUGCAAUGUGUUAUCUAUGAAGUACUUCCGUGUUUAUAGUAUCUAUUGUCUGUCACGUAUGUUGUAUAAAAUGCUGUUCACGUUUAUUUUGUAGUAUGAAUUGCUUGCUACGUUUGUGGAAUAAGUUAUUGUUAUGUUUCUUGAUUAAAUUGUUUCCAUAGAAAUAUAAAGCUAAUUUGUAUGUUUCGUCAAAAGCUUUCGUCAAUUUAUGAAUCGAACAUAUAUGCUAAAACAUUUCUCCGGCAAAGCUCAACGAAUACUGAUAAAUUGUACGGUAUUGUACGAUAUUGCCCGGUAUUGGUGUCGGCCCAGUACAAUUUCUCCUUCUUUGCUGUAUAGUAAAACAAGCACUUUUGGAUAUGGAUUGUGAAUUUCACAACAAAAUUGCAGCAUUGACAGCUCUGUAUUUCUGAAGAGUAAUACUAUCCCAGUCAAUAUAUCACAGAAAAACACCACCAUCAACAAUGAACUUUUUUGCUACACAUCAAAGUAUCUAGUCCAUGUUUAAAUUUCCCACAGACAUCUGUCAUGGCUGCCAGUCUGGUGUAGUUUUUAAUCCUUCCGCACAGAAAUGUAGUCCUGAAAAACACACAUAAAACAACUGUUAAAGACAUCAGAAAUAACAAAAAAUGUACACAGUAUCAAUAAAUACAUUUGGAAUUUAACAUGUCAAAGUAGAGAUAGCGUUAAAUUGGGAACUUCAAAAUUUCAAAGAACUACUUCCUAGGAUACAACGACCCGGAAGUACUUCUAUACCGGGGUGACACCGUAUUGUACGUAUUGUCCGGUAUUGUACGGUAUUGUCCGGUAUUGUACGGUAUUGUGUUUAGUUAUUGUUGUCAUUGCGGUUGUUUUCUUUUAUCGCUGGAGAGAAAAAUUGAAUCUGCGUUUAAGCGGCAUAUUCCAUGGCAGGUUUCGAUAAAGCCUUUUUUGGUUGUUCCUGUCUUGUUUGUGAGCGCCUCGCCUGAAGAUUUGGGAGCAAAUUAAUUAAGGAGGAGAAAUGUAAGUGUGAAUACAGGCUUCAAAACUGCGUUUGUAAUGGUGCCUACAUUUAUACCAUACAUGUACUUUAUUCUUAGUAACAGUGUCUGUACAGAAAAUAAAAAGCUUUAUAUCUGUAAUAUGCAUAAUAAGUUAUAUUAACCAAUCAAGAAUAUAGAUAAUAGAUGUACAUGUAUGUUAACAA